AUGCUUGCUGGGCUGUGUCUUCAUGUCUUAUAUUUCUGUGGUUUAGGCUGCUAGUUAGGGAAGAAGAAACCAACGUAUGGAGUGAUUCUUACCCAUGGAGCUGGAGGAGAUAUGAAUUUCCCUCACUUAGUGUCUUUGGCAGCCUGUCUUGCAUCCCAUGGAGUUCUCUGCCUGCGGUUUACUUGUAAAGGCCUUAACAUUGCUUAUAGGACUAAGGCCUUCAAAACAGUUGUGGAAUACUUAAAGCUUUCUGAUGAUUAUAAACUUUCGGGUGUCUUCCUUGCAGGCCGUUCCAUGGGCUCACGAGCUGCUGCCUCUGUGAUACGUCAUCUUAGCCAGGAGGAGGAUGAUGACUUCAUUCAAGGUCUAGUGUGUUUAUCUUACCCAUUGCAUCGACCAAAACUUCAGUCCAAGCUCCGGGAUGAAGAUUUGUUAUUUAUCAGGUGUCCGGUGCUGUUUGUCUCAGGAUCAGCAGAUGAGAUGUGUGAAAAACAAUUGCUAGAAGGUGUGGCAAGCAAAAUGAAAGCCCCUAAAAAAAUCCAUUGGAUUGAUAAAGCAAACCAUGGCAUGGCAGUCAAAGGACGAACAACAGACGAUAUCAUGGAAGAAAUAAAUGCACAAGUUGUUUCAUGGCUUGGAGAGAAUAUUCAACUGGAGCACACAUGAUUUGCAGUGUUUAAGCAGUAUGUUCGUUUAGCUUUUCCUAAAUGCAGCAAAUUAGAGUUUGUUAUUUCUGAGAGACGUAUUUUUUAAAACAGGUUUUUUCAGAGGUCUAAGUGUAAAUGCAAAUAAAACAUUUUUGUGUGAAU